CAUUUCCUUCUGCUCUCUCUUCCUAAGUUUUCUCUCUCUCUAGAACUAUAGAGAGAGAAAAGCCUCCAUUUUUCAUCUCCCUCUCUCCUUCACUUCAUAAACCCCAUUACACAAAACAGAGCAAAAACCUCACCGUAACAUCCUAGAGAGAGAAAUCCACCAUUGUUUCAUUGUAAGAGAGAGAGAGAGAGAAGGAAAAUGGAUGGUGUUUCGCCGAAGUUUGUGUUGCCGGAGACAUUCGACGGCGUGAGGAUGGAGAUGACAGGCCAACUAGGCAUGAUCUGGGAACUUGUUAAAGCGCCAGUGAUUGUCCCUCUUCUUCAAUUAGCGGUUUACAUCUGUUUGAUAAUGUCUGUCAUGCUUUUAUGUGAGAGGGUUUACAUGGGAAUCGUCAUCGUUCUCGUCAAGCUCUUCUGGAAAAAACCUGAUAAACGCUACAAAUUCGAGCCCAUUCACGAUGAUGAAGAGCUAGGAAGCUCCAAUUUCCCAGUGGUCCUCGUCCAAAUCCCCAUGUUCAACGAACGAGAGGUUUACAAGCUAUCAAUAGGAGCGGCGUGUGGACUAUCGUGGCCGUCCGAUCGUCUCGUGAUUCAAGUGUUGGAUGACUCAACAGAUCCUACUGUUAAGCAAAUGGUGGAAAUGGAGUGCCAAAGAUGGGCAAGUAAAGGAAUCAAUAUUAGGUAUCAAAUAAGAGAAAACAGAGUUGGCUACAAAGCCGGUGCUUUAAAGGAAGGACUCAAACGCAGUUAUGUCAAACAUUGCGAAUAUGUUGUCAUCUUCGACGCUGAUUUUCAGCCUGAACCUGAUUUUCUUCGCCGUAGCAUCCCAUUUCUCAUCCAUAAUUCCAACAUUGCCCUCGUCCAAGCCCGAUGGCGAUUCGUAAAUUCUAAUGAAUGCUUGUUGACGAGGAUGCAAGAGAUGUCGUUGGACUACCAUUUCACUGUUGAGCAAGAAGUCGGUUCAUCAACACAUGCUUUCUUCGGUUUCAACGGAACCGCCGGAAUCUGGAGAAUAGCGGCGAUAAAUGAAGCCGGCGGGUGGAAAGAUAGGACAACCGUGGAAGAUAUGGACCUCGCCGUCCGAGCAAGUCUCCGUGGCUGGAAAUUUCUCUACCUUGGUGACCUUCAGGUGAAAAGUGAGCUUCCAAGUACUUUUAGAGCCUUCCGUUUUCAGCAACAUAGAUGGUCUUGUGGACCUGCAAAUCUCUUUAGGAAAAUGGUCAUGGAGAUCAUCAGAAACAAGAAAGUGAGAUUCUGGAAGAAAGUGUAUGUAAUUUACAGCUUCUUCUUUGUGAGGAAAAUCAUUGCACAUUGGGUUACAUUUUGUUUCUACUGCGUUGUUCUUCCUCUAACCAUUCUCGUCCCUGAGGUUAAAGUUCCCAUAUGGGGUUCCGUUUAUAUCCCUUCCAUCAUCACCAUUCUCAACUCCGUCGGUACUCCCAGGUCAAUUCAUCUACUGUUCUAUUGGAUUCUAUUCGAGAAUGUGAUGUCGCUACACCGGACAAAGGCCACUCUCAUUGGUCUGUUUGAGGCAGGUAGAGCUAACGAAUGGGUCGUGACUGCUAAGCUUGGAAGCGGUCAAAGCGCUAAAGGGAACACGAAAGGGCUUAAAAAGUUCCCUAGAAUCUUCAAAUUGCCUGAUCGAUUGAAUACAUUGGAGCUUGGAUUUGCGGCAUUCUUGUUCGUGUGUGGAUGCUAUGACUUUGUGCACGGGAAGAACAAUUACUUCAUCUACUUGUUUCUCCAGACAAUGUCUUUCUUCAUCAGUGGGCUUGGCUGGAUCGGGACUUAUGUCUAGAAUUAGUUGUUGUGUUCUGUGUUUCAGGGAAAAAAGAGAAGGUGUUAUUAAUUUUCUGCAAAAAUAAAAUACAAUUUUUCAUGGAAAAUUUCACAAGGAAAAUUGAUAGGGGAAAGAAGAUAGAGACGUACGGUUUACAAGUAGGAAGAAAGGAAGCGAGUUUUUAUCAAAACAAGAAGGAAAGGAGGAAAGGCUCGAAGUGUUCUUUUGAUUCAAUUUCAUUUUUCUGCCUUUCUUUUUUUUUUUUGGUUUUUAAAUAUAGCUAUGGAAUUUGUGAUUCAGUAAUUGUGAGAAUUCAAUUUUCUUUCUUUUGGCCUUUUUUUUUGGAUUUUUUUUUUCUUUCUCUAAAGUGUUAGUUAUUUUUCUUUUAUGAUUUGUAGAUUUCGUGUGAGUUAAAAUUGUUCGAUUGGUGUAAGGGUAAAAUUCC